AUGCGUCUUCGUUCCUUCUUGCUGCGGUAUUACCCACCAGGGAUCACGCUGGAGUACGAGACCUCUGGAGGGGAGGUGCGGGAAAAGACAAUAGACCUCUUGACACUCACAACGCAGACAAAUUUAGACCGUCUUGCGGCGGAAAUUAUCAAGGAGGAGCCACUACUCUCUGAGAAGUAUACGCCGCAGCUUUUAUCUUACCUGCGGCGCCUCGUGGAAAAGCUAAAGGCAGGGUACAAUAAUAAGCAGACGUUUUAUUUAUUCAAGACACUACGGGCACAUAUGUUACCCUUGACGAACUGUGCCUUUAAUAAGGGUGGUGACUCCUUUAUUACCGGAAGCUACGACCGCACAUGCAAGGUAUGGGACACAGCUUCUGGAAACGAGGUUGUAUCGUUGGAAGGACAUCGUAAUGUUGUGUAUUCUGUGUCAUUUAACAAUCCCUAUGGUAAUCGUGUAGCCACAGGCAGUUUUGAUAAGACGUGCAAAAUAUGGGAUGCGGCUACAGGGCAGUGUUACCACACCUUGUCGGGUCAUAUGGCUGAAGUGGUUUGUAUGAGUUUUAAUCCGCAAAGCACGCAUCUUUCUUCUGGAUCUAUGGAUUACACAGCGAAGGUGUGGGAUCUGGAAACUGGACAGGAGACAUUUACACUCCUUGGACAUACUGCAGAAAUAGUAUCACUUAAUUUCAAUACAAGUGGAAAUUUAAUUCUCACUGGUAGCUUUGACACAAGUGCUAAAUUAUGGGAUGUUCGCACUGGGAAGUGUGUGCAUACUCUGAGUGCACAUCGAGCUGAAAUAUCAUCGACGCAGUUUGAUUACCCUGGAAAUCUCUGCAUCACAGGCUGCAUUGAUCGCAAUUGUAAAUUGUGGGAUGUUGGCUCCGGUCAAUGUGUGGCAACGCUUCGAGGUCACACUGACGAGAUUCUCGAUGUUGCCUUUAACGCGACGGGAUCAUCGUUUGUGACGGCUAGCGCAGAUGCCACGGCACGCGUGUAUGACACCGCGACAUGCAACUGCAUCGCAAGUCUGGUAGGCCACGAGGGUGAAAUAUCAAAAGUGCAGUUUAACCCGCAGGGGACAAAAGUCAUCUCCGCCGCAAACGACAAGACAUGCCGCGUGUGGAGUGUGGAAACAGGGCAAGUAUUGCAAUGUCUUACUGGUCAUAAUGACGAGAUAUUCUCCUGUGCAUUCAACUACGAGGGCGACACCAUCUUGACCGGGUCAAAGGACAAUACGUGCGGCAUAUGGAAGAGUUGA